AUGGCACAACCUCCCCACCGCGCACCCCCCAAACGCACCGUCCCCAAGAUCUCCGCCCCCAAACCACCCGCGGCCCCAUCUGCCAAGCAGCCCGCAAAGCCCAAGAAAGAAAAGCGAUACCCCUUCGACUCGCACCAAGACGACAUCGUAGUCAACACCACUGAACUCGACACCGCUCCGGGCUAUAGAAGAGGUAUAGUGGACUAUCGGCAUAAACUCACGCUAAAGAAGACGUAUGCGCAUAUCACGACGGACUAUGCGGAGGAUAUGAAGAUGACUAUUCCGAAGGAUGCGGUUACGCCCUUAGGGUCUGAGCCGUUUAGUGAUGGGGAUGGGGAUGAAGAUGGGGAUGGAGACGAGGAUGAAAAUCCCAGCGCCAACGCCGAAAACCCCAAGUCCAAGCGCGACGAACGUACCUACGUCCCCGAAGUCAGCGACACAAUCAUCGACUACGCCAAGCUACCCAAACCGCGCUGCAACCGCCCUAACUACGUAGAAUAUAUCUACCGCGCUACAACCACCAAUCCCGCCGUCUUCCUCGCUAUCCUGCGUGUCGCAGAGAGGAACUUGCCGUUUAUAAAUUUCGACUCGGCGAUUACGCAUUUACCUAAUUUAUUGGCGAAUGCGAGACUUCCUGGUAUACCGGCCCUGUCAGCUCUGUCGUCCGAGUCAUCUGAAGCGUUGGGGGCGUCCGCAUCGUCAAAUCACCCGCAGAAACACAAACCCAACCAGCCCGCUUUCACAGAAGACACACCCCACUCAAAGAAAGAGACAGAUAUACCGAUGACAAUCCUCUUCCUACCGAACCUAUACGAAGACGGGCGCCACGCACUCGGAUACUACGCCCUCGCUCCCGAAGCAGAUCCAGACACGAAACAACUCAAUCCCGAAGACGUUGUGCAAAUCCUGUUUACGCCGUGUAUCAUAGGUGAUUUAGUGGAGGCGAAGUUGUUGGAAUGGACGCCUAUUGAUCCUGAUCUUAAGGCACGGGCUGAUGAGAAGAAGGGUAAGGAGGGCGAUGAGGUGAGAGGGGAGGAUGGGAAGGAAGGGGAUGCUGGGGAGGAAGAAGAAGAGUUGACUGUCGAAUACAUAGAACAUGUGGCUGCGAGGGGAGGCGAGUGGUUGGAGCGGGAUGUAGUGGGGGAUUGGGAGGAGUGGUGUAGGAGUUUUAGGGUUGCGAGGAGGGUUUGGGAGAAGGUGCUUAAGGGGGUUGUGGAGGUUAAGGAGGUGGAGGAUCUGAAGGAGGAGGUUGUGGAAUGA